AUGGCCAACUCUAUCGGUGGAAAGGAUUGCAUGAUCUCAGAAUGGAUUCUGUUAGUCGCUGCUUGGUCUCUUGUGGCCUUGAGAAUGUACACUCGAUUGCUUGUGCAAAGACAAAAGUUGAGGUUGUCUGAGUACAUCCUGCUUUUCUCUGCUCUCAUUGGGCUGGGACUUAUUAUCUGCGACACAUUGACUUAUCAACUCGGUGUUAUGGAUGAGUGGGAAUCUUCUGUCACGCUAUCCAAGAUCUCGUUCGCUUCGAACUACUUCUACGACUUUGGAAUGGGCUUCCCCAAAUUGAGCAUGCUCGCUUUCUACUGGGGCGUCUUCCCAUCCGACAGACCUACAUUGCGUAAAGCCAUGUACAUCAUCACCGCCUACGUCUGCCUCGCCUACUUCACCGUCCUCUGGCUCGAUACCUUCUACUGCGGCGUCCCUGUUUCCAUCCAAUGGAGUCAAGAAGAAGGAGCUUGUAGUGUGUUUUACGCAGAUACACCUUUCUACUUCAAUUUUACCAUGAACCUGUCUUCGUACAUUUUCAUCUACACACUGCCCCUUUUCCUCCUCAAAGGCAUGAGCAAGGAACACAAAACAGCCAUCUACUUUACCUUCUCACUGGGUAUCGUGCCCGCCUUGACGACGCUCAUCCGCUUCAUCACGUUGAACACAGAUUCCAAUGAGCCGAAUUUGGUGUACAUUUUGAGUAUGGUUGAGAUGGCCACAGCUAUUGCUGCUGUAUCUGUGCCUGGAUUGAAGCCGCUACUGGAUAGAAAGAGCAGUGUACAGCCGGAUGAUAGGUCGUUCGUUAGUGGAGAGGUUGUGAGGGCUGAGAAGCAGGGAGAUCAGGUUUGAUAGGGAAUGUGAGGUGGAAAGAGGAUGCAGGAGGAUGUGACGACAUCACUCCGGAGACAAGGUCUUGUUCUGCUAUGAGUAUCUUGUCACGGG